AAUGAACCAUUAGCAAAAUUAUGGAAAAUAAAUGACGAUGAAUUACCUAAAUAUUUGGACAUUGAAAACAAAUUAAUUAAUGCAAAUAAAAAGUUAAUACCAUUAUUAAAUAGUUCAAGCUUUGGUGGAACUUUUAUAAAUGCAACGACGAGCACUAUACAUAUUUUUACAACAGAUGAUUCUAAGACCUUGGAUAUAUUAUUCGCACCUGAUAUGCAACCAUACAUAGAAUAUUUUUCAUUUGAUACUGUGCUUAAUUCCUUAGAUAAAUUAAAUUUCUUAUUUAGUCAAAUUAUUGAAUCUGCUAAACAAUUUGAACCACGUAAUGUAUUGAUGUUCAUUGAUAUAGAAAUUAAUAAUGUCGCACUUUAUCUAAAUACUGAUUCACCAGUAAAUAUUCCAUUUGUAAACGACAUUCAAAAAUAUAAACCCAAAAUAUAUGAUCACAAACCUGGGUCAACUGAUAUUAAUGAGGUGAUCUUAAGUGGUGAAGGUAUAGUUAGUUACAAUAAAACUUGUUCAGCUGGGUAUUGGGCAAAAAGUAGAAACAAUCCAAAUUCUAAUUACCUUAUAACUGCUGGGCAUUGUUAUCAAGAUAUUUUUUUUCUCUUACCAUGGAAUACACAAAAUGUAACCGAAUUUAUUGGACCGGUAAUACAUCAUACUACAUUCCCACAUGAUGUUGCCGUAAUUAAUAUAACAAAUGAAGGUAUCAUCCCAAGAGCGGUCAUAAGAAAUAACGAUUUUUCUCAAUAUGCUGAAUUAUUUAUAAAAUAUUAUAAACCUACACUUAAUUACGGUGUUCAUAUAUGUAAAUCUGGCUAUACGACACAUAUUACUUGUGGAUAUGCAAGAGGAUUAAAUGGAAUUUACAUCCAAGAAAAGGGAGUUAGUAAGAACGUACUCUUUUCUGAUGGUAUUACUCUGGGCGGUGAUAGUGGUGGAGCUGUAUUUCGUUAUGUAAGCUUGAAUGUGGUGAGUCUAAUUGGUGUAGUCAGCGUAGGCACUAAAGGUGUUUCUGGAUAUACAUUAGUUGAGGAUAUUUACAAUGAAGUUGGUCUACUACCUGUU